GUCAUUUGCUUUAUCUGUUGUCUAUUUAGUAACGGAUAUAUUAUAAUAUUAAGAAAAUAAACAUCUAUUAUAAUUAAAAUAAUGCGGACAAUAAAAAUAAAGCAAAAAUUAUAAUAUUGACUUGAUAAAAAUUUAAAGAUUUAAAUUUUACGUAAACAUUAUAUCAAUUUAUGUGUAAUGUGUAUUUAACGCGACUAUUAAAUAAAAAUUAUUCAAAUUGACAAAGCGAAUUUAUAUGUAUAUCUAGGUUUAUAUACAGAAUAGAAUAUGGAUAAUAUGUCAAUAAUCAACAGGAUUUUUUAAGGGUGUUUAUUGUGAUGGUCUGUUUGGCGAGCUUUAAUAUAAAAUACUAUGGCUCGACAAGAAAAAGCAAAAUCUGUAACAUUUCUAGAAUCAUGGUUCAAAACAAGCAGUACGAAAAAACCAGCGGGGCAAAGGCCCACCUCCACGCUGACAGCACGUCCCAAUUCGGAGAUAGAUAUAGGAGACGCUGAUGAUGAAAAUUUAAAACUAAUCGACGUAAUGGGCGAAAAAGAAGUUAAUUUGAAAAUCGAAGAGUUGCUGAGUGACAUGAAUCUGAAUGAUGACAAGAAGAAACCUUUAAGGGAUAUGCCAAUGGAACAGAAGCGAGCUAUGUUAAAAAUGCAAAACAAAAAGAAAGGUCAACAAGACACAGGAAGCAAAUUCAAUGAUCCCGAGGAUUAUUACAAAUAUCUUGAUCAACAUAUUAAUUCAGAAUAUUUACAAUUGAACAAAUUGAUAAAUUGUGUAGAAAGUUUAAGGGUAGCAUUGACCAAUAAUCCACUUAGUUGGGUUGAAAAAUUCAUUGCUAAAGGGGGUGCUAUAAAGAUUGAACGAGUCUUGGAUAUAGCAUUGAAAAAUAGGGACAUUCGACUGCAGACGGAGUGUUUACGCUGUUUUGAAAAAAUUAUGAACAAUACUACGGGUCUCAAAGCAUUUUACAAAUUUUCAAAAGCCCACCUAACUGUUGCCAAAUGUUUGGACCAUGAAGUACCUACUGUGAUGAUACAAGCCUUAAAGAUUCUUGCUCCCAUAUGUGUUCUAAACGAAGAGACAAGUGGCGAAGAAGAAGGAGUAAAAAAGGUAUUGAGGGCUAUAACUGAAGUCGGUGAAAUUCAAUCCAGGGAAAGGUUUUUACCCGUUGUCCUCGGUAUUACCAGAAGUGAUAAUAUAGAUUUACAGAGUAUGUGUUUCCAACUUAUCAACGCAUUAUUAUCGGAAACAGAAGACUUCGAGUUUCGGAUGCAUUUAAGGAAUGAAAUUAUACGAAACGGGCUAUACGAAAAAUUACAAGAACUACGAAACGAAAGUAAUCUCCAAUUGAAAACUCAGUUUGAAAUUUUCGACUCCCGACGAGAAGAUGACGCAGACGAAUGGCAUGAACGUUUUGACAAAGUCAGACUUGAAAUGGAUGAUAUACAAGACUGUUUUGAAACCCUAAAAAAUCUGACUUUGGAUACACCGUCUGAGCCAUAUUUUUUGAGUAUUAUGCAACAUUUAUUGUUUAUUAGGGACGACAUUAACAUAAGGCCAGCCUACUUUAAAUUGAUCGAAGAAAUUAUAUCACAGAUAGUUCUAACUAAGUCUGGGUUAGAUCCUGAUUUUAAGAAGAAACACAUAGAUAUUGAUCUUCAACCUCUUUUAGAUGAACUUAAAGAUAAACCGAUGCAAAUCGAAAGCGCCGAAGUUGAAAGUUUAAAAAAGCAGCUUGAAGAAGCAAUUGCGGCAAAAACUGAAGCAGAAGCGAAAUUAGAACUAGUACAAGGACGAACAGGAACUACCGAAAAUUCUGGAAAAUUGGAUCCAGCUCUUGUAAGUAAAAUAAAUGUUCCACCUCCACCACCCAUGCCAGGAGCAUCGGGAGGAAUACCUCCACCGCCUCCUAUUCCCGGUUCAGGCACGGGCCCUACACCACCUCCAAUGCCUGGCGGCCCUGUACCACCUCCAAUGCCAGGAGCAGGAGCUGGACCACCUCCACCACCCAUGCCGGGUAUGGGUACCGGUCCACCACCGCCACCAAUGUCUGGAAUGGGAGGAGGACCGCCUCCACCUCCAAUGAUGGGUGGCAUGGGACCACCUCCCCCACCGGGUAUGGUACCAUUACCCGGAUUAGCUAGACCUGAUCUACUCCCUCAUGGUUUGAAACCAAAGAAAAAGUGGGAAGUCACUGGACCUCUGAAAAGGGCGAAUUGGAAAAUGAUUCUGCCACAAAAGAUGUCAGAAAAAGCAUUUUGGGUCAAAGCAAAAGAAGAAGAAUUGGCAGAACCAGAUAUUCUUGAUGGUUUAGCGAAAAAGUUUUCAUCGAAACCUGCCAAAUUAACAGAAGACGUUACUGAUAAGAGUAACCACGUUGGCACUAUGAAAAAGGUUAAGGAGUUGAAAGUUUUGGAUGGAAAAUCUGCUCAAAACAUUAGUAUAUUGUUAGGCGGUUCAUUAAAACACAUGCUGUAUGAUGACAUCAAGAAGGCUUUGUUGAGGUGCGAUGAACAAGUUUUAUCAGAAAAUGUUACUGAACAACUUAUACAGUAUUUGCCACCAGCCGAUCAACUGAACAAAUUACAGAAUUUCAAAGAACAGUAUAAAGAACUAACAGAAGCUGAACAAUUCUGUGUUAAGAUGUCUGAAGUGAAAAGACUAUUACCCAGGUUGAAAUCUCUUAGUUUUAAACAUCAUUAUGUGGAAAUGGUACAAGACACAAAACCCGACAUUGUUUCUGCUACAGCGGCAUGUGAUGAGGUAAAGAAAAGCAAAAAGUUUGCAAGAAUUUUGGAACUUAUUUUACUUAUUGGAAAUUACAUGAAUUCUGGAAGUAAAAACGCCCAGGCUUUUGGAUUUGAAAUGUCUUUUCUAACUAAGUUAACCGCCACUAAAGAUGUUUCUAAUAAACAUACUCUUCUUCAUUAUCUGGUACAAACAAUAGAGAACAAAUUCCCAGAUUUAAUAAACUUUUAUGAUGAGAUGCCUCACAUAGAUCAAGCUAGUCGUGUGUCUUUGGAUACCAUUCAAAAAACUUUGAAACAAAUGGACAGUAGUAUAAGAAAUUUGAAGACAGAUGUGGCAAAUAACAGGGUGCCACAAGGAGAUGAUGAUAAGUUCUUAGAAGUUAUGGAAAAAUUCGCGGAAGAAGCAAGAGAACAAUGUGACAUAAUGCAAAAAAUGUUAAAAAAAGUAGAGAACCUUUACAGCGAUCUAGCCGAAUAUUAUGCCUUCGAUAAGCAGAAAUAUACAUUAGAAGAAUUCUUUACAGAUUUGAAAACAUUUAAAGAUAGUUUCUUGCAAGCGAAAGCGGAUAAUCAGCGGGAAAGAGAAAUCGAAGAAAAGAAGGAAAAGGCCAGGUUGGCAAAAUUAAAACAAGAACAAGAAAAGGAAGAGAGAAACAAACGAAGGCUGAUAGAUAUGAAUCCUUCCGAGACCCAAGAAGGGGUCAUGGAUAGUCUACUAGAAGCUCUUUCUACUGGUAGUGCUUUUGGAAGAGAACAAAAGAAGCGUAGGGGUCACCGACCAGCUGGAGCUGAAAGAAGAGCCCAAUUAGUGAGGUCAAGGUCGCGAACAGCUUUAAUAUCAGGAAGAGAAUUAACAAGUGAAAUAUUGGCAUAGCAUCAAAAAUACAGUACCAACGCACAACGAAUUUACCGCUCAAAAAAAGAUUUACAUUAUUAAAAAGAUUUUAUAUUUCAUAAUUUAUUUUGUAAAUGUUUUGGAUUGUAAAUAAUGGUAUAUAUUUGUAUAUUUGGAAUUGAACGAAUCUCUCUAUAUAUAUUUUUUUAAGUUUUAGCGUGUAAAUAAGGCCGAAAGGGUAUGAAAUAUUUCAGUCUUUUGUUAAUUUCUUUUGAUGUCAGUAGUUUUCUGUUAUUAGUCAAUAUAACAUGUCUUUUACACACUGAUAUCAGCAACAUCCGUAAUUUAAAUAGUGUCCAAACUAAUUGAAAAUUUUAAUCACUUUAAAAUAAUUGAUUUUAUUUUUUUGUAAAAAACUAAACUUGUUGACACAUUUAUCAAUUAUAUUCGUAUUUAUUCAAUUUCAACUAUUUGUAAUAUUUUUUUGUAAUUAUGUGUUUAGAUAAUUUCUAGAUUUUGAUUUGAUCGAAUUAGGCCGGUUGAUGUAUGAAAAUUUUAGUAUUGCUUCAUAUUUUGUUGAUCAAUUAGACAAAACAUAAUAAAUUUAUAUUGUAAUUUAAGAGAUUGAAAUAAAUGAAACAUUCAUAAGCAAAUACAAACCGUAUAUGAAUAUUUGUAAAAUAUAAUUAAUUUGCAGCUGGAUUGAAAUAAAUCAUCUUUAUUUUAGGUUUUAAAAAACAGAUAAAAAAAUUAAUGCUUCGAUUAUUCCGGUCUUUAUCAAAAUAUGAUUUGACAUUGAUAAUUUAUAUAAUGAUAUUAAAGAAUAGAUCACAUGAAUAUCAAAACAAAAUAUAAAGGAAAAUCUGUUUCAACCAGAAAAAUAAUUUUUCUUCCAUCUUAUUAACUUAUUCCUUAUUAAAUUUAUAAAAUGGAAUAAAUUUUACUCACAUUGUUUAGGUUUUUUUUAUCAUCGACAUCUUUCUCGUUACUAUGUGUGUGAAUCAUUUCUAAAAAUUCUCUUCUCUUUUUCAAGUAUUAGAUUCCCCUUCAAAAGUUUUUGGAUCUUUAUAGUUGAAUGUAUGUUUUUUUUUAUAUUUUGUGGUUUGUUAAUGCAUUUGUAUUUUAUUUUAUUUUUUGUUUCUUGAAAAUAAGUAUCAGACAUCAAUUUAAUUAUUCGUAGAUUUAUUGAAAUGUAUAAAAUAGAAUUAUGAAUUUUACUCAAAUUGUUUCAAUCUACCUUAUUGUAUUGAUUAAUAAAAUUUGAGUAAACUUCAUAAUUCUAUUUUAUAAUUUCAAUGUAACCACGAAUAAUUUCAUUGGCGACUGCCAAUUAUUUUUGAGAUAUAACCAUACAGAAAAACUUUUUUAUUGGGAUUAAAAUAGACUAUUUCUAUAUCCAUAUAGGUGAUCCAUUGAUUAAUAUAAUUACGCAGAUGGUCAAAUCAUAUUUUGAUUAAAUUCGAAAUGUGAAAUUAUUUAAUCAAUUUUGAAAACUAAUUUUUUAUUGAAUAAGACCUUGAUUCAAAACGAUUUAUUGUGGAAGUGUGGCAGUAAAACACCAAAUUAAACUUUUUAUUUUUACAUAUAUCUGUACCUUGAAACAAAAAUGGCCAAUGUCUAUUUUCGUCAAAUGACAGGAAACCCAAUUUAAAAUUGAGGAAUUGGCCAUUUUUAUAUUUCCAGUAAAUAACUUUGGCCGUGACAAAAUAUUUGAGUUUCAAUGAUCUAAUAAUAAGAGGACUUUGGUCCUUUUAACAAUUACUAUAUGUCGCAUCCUGAAUUCAAUUGUGUAUUUCAAAUUUUGAAAUUUUGGACAUUGGCCCUUUUUGUUCCAAGGUACAGAUAUAUUCCAACCUUUCAAAUAACUAUGUAUUACGUUUGAUGAAUACUUAGUUAUUCAAAAAGUUGGAAUAUAUAUUAAAAACUGUGCACUUUGGUGUUUUAUCACCACCGUCUCACAACAAUCACGUUCAUAAGCUAGUUGUCAAAGACUUCGUUUCAAAUUUGUUUUUGAUGAUGAAUUGUCUCGAUUUUAGGCUUCUUUUAAUUUAUCGAAUUUUUAAUUGAAUGAUUUUUAAUAGACCUAAUUUUAAUAGUUUGAUAAAGACCGAAAUUGAGCGGACACAUCAAAAAAUUUGCUUAACAAUACGGGUAAAUCAACGUAAUAUACGUCGAAGAAUUUUGUUAAUGUCAAUAAGAAGCCAUAUGGUGAGAUGAUAUCAGUUCUACCGUCCAUCAUCAUUUCAUUCUACACGGAUGUUAACAUCACUGUUUGGGUGAUUUUCUAUGAUAUGCUUCCAGCGUUCCAAGUUACCAGAUGUUAUAUAGUAGUGUGAUGAGUCCACGUCCUGAAUAUUGCUUGACUGACCUUCCUGUAUUACGGAAACGCCGUCAUACUUGACACUUAAGACAUUUGCGAGUCUCUCUCGCACUCAACUAAGUCUGUUUGCUACACGUCUACAGGGGAGAAGGUCUAAAGAUUUAUUUAUUCUGUCUUGAAAUUAACUACCGUAAUAAAAUACAAAAUUGGCAAUGCAUCCUUAUAAGAAUAACUGUAUAGAAAUGGGAAAAUCACGUUACAGGAUUUUUUUGUCAACCAUGGUCAUUCAAUCAACGUAUCUAAUUGGUUUUUAUUAAAUUUGGUACAUUAAUAAUUGAUUUAAUUAGAAAAAGAUACGGUAAGAAAUUUCUGGGGUGUGUUCAUCAUGUACUACUUUAUUGUGGUGGUUCAAAUUGAUGAGAAGUAAUAAGAUGUAUUUGUAAAAAAGCUACAGUGUGUAAAUCGUAUGGCCAAAUGCAUUAAUGCGAAAUUUAUAUUAAUGAGUAGAAGAUAUUUUAGAAUAUAUUGUGAAAUUAUGAAAUUUUCACCAAUAUGUAGGUAGUAUUUUAUUUUCCAUAUCAUUCUCCAUUUCAAAAGAACUACCAUUUAUUUGUAUUUCCUAAAAUUUACAUGCUAUACUUUUGGAAGAAUUUUUAACUUUUUAGUCAUCACCAUACAAGUAAUCUGAACUUUUUUAUAGACAGUAAUAAACAUGCUGGGGUAGGCAGUUCUACUAAUUUUUUCCGAUUUAAUAUAUACUUUAUAAUUGUUUAUACAUAUUCAUUUCAUUGAAACUAUUAAAAAUUUUUACACUGUAGUUUUUGCCGUUUCCAUCCAAUAGGAUAACUUUUUUUUGUUUGAUAUCAAAUUGUAUUUUUGCACCUUUUUCAGUAGUUUUUUAUUUCUUCGUAUUUUGCAAAAAAGUUCAAAUGCACACUGGGGAGUUUGAUAAAAUGAUAAAACAUGUGAAUUUUAUAUUACAAUAUUCAUGUGUAAUUUGAACCUCUAGACUUGUGAGAUUUUAGGUGAUGCCCAACUGACCUAGGCUCCUAGCACAACCUGGUCUCUUUCCAAAGACUCUGGAAACUGCUGCUAAUGUUGAGAAUCACAGCCUUGCUAAAUUCGUUAAAGUCCUUUUGGGCAUUAAUUUUUACAAUGUCGGCUUUAGUACAUAUACCGUUGACGGCAGUUAUCAAGAUUCGUUCGUAUGGUCUUGAUUUUAAAAAUAUAUUUUUUGUUAAAAUUUUUUUUGAGUGAGGAAUAAGAAGUGCCUUAAUAUAAUUGAACGUGUGUGGAGGCAUGGAUAUGCAUGGAACAUGUGACAUUACUACGAUUGUUUAAAUCCGAAGAAUAGGUUUUGUAUUUCCAGCACAACGUCAUAUUUUUCCUUCUGUCCCCAUAGCUCUAGCUUAGAUUUGCUUUUGUACUUUUUCCAAGUAUUAGAGUCAUUUCCAUCUCAUCGGCUUUAAGUAUAUUGAUGAAUAUUUUACCUUCAAAUCCUAUAGCUUUCCAAAAAUUUUCCCAUUUGUUCCUUGUGGAAGACUAAUUCUAUGAAUACUGGUAAUUUCUGGCUUUGUUAGGUUAAACUUAGGAUGCCUACUGCUAAAUGCGUACAUACAGUCUUUCUCAAAAUUUUUUAUCCUGAUUGAAUUUGUUUGAGGUUUCCGAGGUCGUAAAACUACACGCCUCUAUUUAAUUAGUGUUACACCAUAAAAUAUUUUAGGUCAAUUUUUAGAAAUUUCAUUCCCCAAUCUUUCGAAAAUGAUUUGUGGUACCUUGCCUUUUUAUUAGUUUCAUCCAAAAAUACUCACUCCGUGAAUUCUGAACAGUAUAUUCUAUUCGAUCCAAGAACACUUUGAAGUCAUUCUUUAACUUAUUCUGGCUUCUAAAAACAAUGAAGUAAAUAACUUCAAAAUAUUGACUUAUAACGGAUGAAAAUGCAAUUGAUAUAAUGCAAAACAACUAGUAAUUUUUCAUUAAGUUCGAUUACAAUUUUUUCUAAAUUUCAGUCUAAUUUGAAAUUUAAUAAAUAGGUUGAUUGUUUUCAAAGUUUACAUUCUGCUAAAUCAAAACCAAAAUUGUAAAACAUUUUCCGACCAUUUCAAAGAAAGCUAUUUUCCAAUUUGGUGACUAUAUAAAGUAUAUAAAACCGUUAACAUAAUUUCAGUUGAAACCGUUGAUUACCAAAUUAAAAGUGGCAUUUUGUGUAUAGGUAUAUAUAAAUUAUGGAACAAUAUAAGAAAUGAAAUGAUUUAACAAGAGAUUGAAAAAAAUAAUCAAUGAUAAUAUAAAUAAUAUUCUUAAAUAAAUUGUAUUUUAUAUAUUAAAGCAAAUAUUCAAAGCUGAAUUAUCUUUCUGUAUUUAACUUAAAAAUUGUAUUCAAAGAAUGCUUAAGUAAUGUUUAUUUUUACACUGGAUAUUUUUUAUAACAUUUGUGAAUAUAACAUAUUUUAUUAAAUUAUUUUGAAUUGUU